GCCCCUGGGCGUUUUGGACGCGAGGGCCCGCCCGGUGGGAGCGGGGUCUCGGUGCGGAGAGAGGGAAAGAGACUUCGCUGACGCCCGCCGGGCUCCCAGCGGAAGGAAGCCUCUUCUUUGUGCCCAGAAGGGAUGCCAAGCCAGGCCCACUCAGAACCUCGGAUCUCAGCCCUUCAUGGAGGCCAGGCCCCAGCAGGAACGGCGGUGGAGGAAAUUGGCACCCAGAUGGUUGCUCCAUGUGAAGCUGUCGUGGGCUGCGGGCCGACUAAGGAACACCUGGUAGUGGUUGAGCUGGGAAAAUUUGAAGGGAAGAAGUUUAAAAAUUCUAAUUUGAAAGAUGGACAGGCAAAAAUGGAGGGCGAGCAUGCACAGCUCCAGCCAUUCUUUGAGAAAGAAGGACUGACCCCGAGUAGGCAAAAAACACUGACGACUGAGCGCUACCCCGUGAUGCUCUGGUGGUCCCCGCUGACCGGGGACACCAGGAGGCUUGGCCAGUGCGGGGCAGACACUUGCUUCUUCACCAUCAACAGGACCUACCUCCAUCAUCACAUGACCAGAGCCGUCCUCUUCUAUGGUACUGACUUUAACAUAGACAGCUUACCUCUGCCUCGGAAGGCCCGUCACGACUGGGCCCUGUUCCAUGAGGAGUCUCCGAAAAACAAUUACAAGCUGUUUCACAAGCCAAUCAUCACCUUGUUCAACUACACCGCCACCUUCAGCCGGCAUUCCCACUUGCCACUAACCACCCAGUACUUGGAGGGCGUGGAGGUCUUGAAGUCCCGCCGAUACCUGGUGCCCUUGCAGUCCAAAAACCACCUGCGGACGAGACUUGCCCCGCUGGUGUACGUGCAGUCCGACUGCGACCCGCCCUCGGACAGGGACAGCUACGUCCGCGAGCUGAUGGCUUACAUCGAGGUGGAUUCCUACGGCGAGUGCCUGCGGAACAGAGACCUCCCUGAGCAGCUGGCGGACCCGGCCUCCAUGGACGCCGACGGCUUUUACAGGAUCCUUGCCCAGUACAAGUUCAUCCUGGCUUUCGAGAACGCGGUGUGCGACGACUACAUCACCGAGAAGUUCUGGAGACCGCUGAAGCUGGGCGUGGUCCCCGUGUAUCACGGCUCCCCCAGCAUCGCGGACUGGCUGCCGAGUAGCAGAAGCGCUAUCCUGGUCUCGGCGUUCUCCCACCCCCGGGAGCUGGCCGGGUACAUCAGGCAGCUGGACCGCGACGACGGCCGGUACGCGGCCUACAUCGAGUGGAAGCUGAGGGGCGAGAUCUCCAACCGGCGGCUCCUCGCGGCUCUCGCGGAGCGCACGUGGGGCGUGCACGACCUCAGCCAGCACAACCACAUCGACGCCUUUGAGUGUAUGGUGUGCACCAAGGUCUGGGACAACAUCAGGCUCCAGGAGAAGGGCUUACCACCCAAAACGUGGCAGGCAGACGUUACCCACCUGAGCUGUCCAGAGCCUACAACGUUUUCUUUCUCAACUCUGGCCCCACGCCGGAGCUCAUUGCGAGAGAUGUGGAUACCGAGCUUCCAACAAUCCAAGAAAGAAGCCCAGGCACUAAGGAGGCUGGUCGAUAGGAACCAGAACUUCUCAGCUCAAGAGUUUUGGGCUCUAGUAUUCAAGGACUAAUAUCAGAAAGUGUCCGAGUUUUAUUUUCUAGGCUGCCUUAAUAUUUGAAUGUAACAGCUGCUCUGUUGCCUGUCCUUAGGGUAAGAAUUAAUUGCUGCAGUACUCAUAAUGAGCUCUACCGAAUGAUAGAUUGAAUUACCCUCAGGGGUCACUUCUCUACUGUUUAUACUAAAAAAGUAAAUAUUUCUUACGGACAACUGGUCACCUUCAGUAUGGACCCACGUACCUGCCACCUUUUGUGGAAAUUCGCCUAAUGCAGAUGAGCGUUUUCCUUGCCGCCAGGAAACCCUGCAAGGAAGGCAGAGCACGUAGCCAUGGACGCUUAUCCUCACCUGACCGUCUGCAUUUAUUGGUAUUUGGCGAGCCCAGGGUCCUGGUGCCGAGCACGAACGUGCAGUGUGUGAGAACUUGGCAGUGAGAGAGCCCCUCUGGCCGCGUCCAGGGAUGUGAGUGGGUCCGGAAGGCUGUGAGAAAGUACUCUUCUAGCUACUCGCAUCUAAAGAACAUAGCACGUCUCUGCCUUCUCCAGACUCUCAGCCACCUCUCCACUUUUCUUGUUGUCACCUCACCCUGUCUCCUCCCCCUGCUCCUCCCUAACGUGGAACGUCUCGCGAAGACGUGUCUCCUUGUGUGUUUUGAUCGAAACCCUGAAGAAGGCCGCGGUCUAAGCGCUCCCUUGCUUCCGACUCCCCUGGCGUUUUUCCAUGUGGCACUGGGUGAUGGGCUGUGUCUCCUGUCUCCAGGACCUGUGUGCUAGUUGGCAGACAGCAUCUCCCAGGCACUGAUACUCCAUGGAUUUUCAGCAUGUGGUUUCCGAGUUGGCUGUCCUUGCUGGAAGAGGCUAUUGAUUCAUCCAGGGUUGUAUAAUCCAGCGAACAUCAGAGACAGAAUGAGAAUUACUGCCAAAGACUACACCUGCAAAGGAAGAGAUGGGGAGCUUUUACAAAUACACACUUGAUAAGACCCUAAUUGCUGAACCUCUCAAGAAGGGUCGCUUCUUCCCAAGCUGAGGAGGUUGGUGGGACAACUUCUGCAAAAGUGAACCACCCAGAUUAAACAUUACCUUGAUUUGUUUCUGAAUAUUGAACCAGUCUUGCAUCCUGGCAUAAGUCUCACUGAGACAUGUGUCUCCACUGACACCGUGGCGGGGGCGGUCUCAUUGCUGAAGGAUGAUGGGGAAAGUCCUGACUCUCCAACUAAUCUACAACGGAGGCAAGACUAUACAGUGGGGAAAAGACAGUGUCUCAAAUAAGUGGUGCUGGGAAAACGGGGCAGCUACGUGUCAAAGAAGGAAAUUAGAACAUUUUCUCACACCAUAUGCAAUAACAAACUCAAAGUGGAUUCAAGACCUAAAUGUAAGACCUGAAACCAUAAAACCAUUUCCUAGAAGAAAACAUGGGCAAUACACCUUUGACAUAGGCUUCAGCAAUAUCUCUUUGGGUCUCUCUCCUCAGGUAAGGGAAACGAAACCAAAAAUAAAUAAAUGAGACCUAAUCAAACUGAAAUCCUUUUGCACAGCAAAGGAAACCAUCAAUCAAACAAAAAGGCAGCCUACUGAAUGGGAGAAGGUAUUUGCAAAUGAUGUAUCUGAUAAGGGGUUAAUAUCCAAAAUAUACAACAAAAAGCUUAUACAAUUCAACAUGUGUGAUCUCCGGAGGGUGGCUUCUUUCCAAAGAGGACAGUGUGGAAUGGAAGAGGGGGAAAGUAACUUUGCAGAGGAGAAACCAGGCGAAGCUGCCUCAGCCAGGUGACCAAGGUCGACAUCAGCAGUGAAUCCCUAUUGAAACCCUAGGCUAUACCAGGCACUGUUCCGGGUGCUGCAAACAAAGCAGACGGGAAUCCCUGGAGUGUGUCUUCUCCUCAGCCCAGGACUGAUGCACUGCUGCCUUCUGAGAUGAAGUUGGAAAUACCUGGAAGAUCACUAUUGCUGGAGAAGGAACCUUGGCCAGACACUGGAAACUCCUUAUGUUCCCCUCCGGGUUUCACCUCCACUUACGAAGAGUGAGCAGUUACUGAGAUAACAGAGGAGGCAUCAAGAGCUUCUAAAAGGAGAGAGAGAACCCAGGGGACAGUCUGCUGAGGCAGCAUCCAGUGAGCAAGUUCUCCACUUCAGUCUUAUUAUUUUUUUCUCCCCCUGAAACCAAAGCUUGAUUUGCUAUUUGGCUCAAGGAGCAGAAGAGGACAGAGGAAGUCACAGUGCAUUUCCACUUCUUGUCCAGUUUCCAGUCCCAUGUCAGGAGAGCUAAACCUUGGAUGGCCCGGCAGUGUCCCUAGGGAGGUCUGCUUGGCGGAGAAAGGGAAGGAGCUUGCGUUGGAGGACAGCCGUCUGCAGCGCUCAGCCCACAAGCUGUCUGUCCCCCCUGACCCUUGUCAGUACGACAGCGGGGAGAGCAAGAUACAGAGUACUCCCUUUCUCAUCAAAAAGACAAGAGUUUUGUGUCCAGCAGGCACCAGCCAGUGCCUCCUUGGCUAAUAGCCAAUCUGGCUACAGGAAUUUGUCUGCAACAAAACAAAUCAAAGCUGCCCUGUGACUCGAACGAUGCACUGAUUUGAUCAUCUGACUAUUUGUUCACAUUCCACCAGAAGUACUUAAUGGAGAAGAGAUUAAAAGCCAACUAAUCUUGAUUUGCUAGGGCGUGAAUCAUCUCUUUGUCCAGCAUAUCCGGCCCGUUAGGCUCUAAGUAGCCAUCUUGGUUAUCAGAUUGACUAUGGACUGUUGGCAUCAGCAGUGCUGGCAUUCAG